CUAAGCCUGCUAUAUUGUGAUUUCCUUUUUGGGUUAUCGGCUUUCACUUGUGACUUGGAUAUAUUACUAUAAUGCUUCAGCCGUCCCUCGGAUACAAAAUAUAUACAGUACAUACCUAUCACUAGCUACUACCAGUAUUCUCUUCAGUGAUAAAAUCUAUGCAGACGCCUUCAUGAACUCAAGAAUAGGAACGAACAACGAAAGUACAAUUAACUGCAAAUUGCAACUACACAUUCACCCUCAUCAUACACGCCUUGAUCCUCACCACCACUAACACACCAAAAAGAAAACAAUGUCAAACAUCCGCCAACUCAAACGAGCCUUACCCUGGGUCCAAACCCCAAUAAUCAUCAACGCCCCGAUGAGUGGCGCCGCAACCAGCGACCUCGCAGUAGCCGUCACCCGCGCAGGUGGACUAGGACAGAUCGGUUUCCUAGACAGCAAGCGCUCCCUAGCAGGGCAGCUCGAACGAGUCAAACAUGAACUACAAGAUAUCAUGAACACAUACAAAGAUACCCCGGAGUCUGUACUUCCCGUCGGUGUGGGGAUGAUAGUCUUCGGUUCCCCGGUUGCGUAUUGGCUUUCGCUGUUUUCCAAGUACAAACCGGCGGUGGUCUGGUUGUCGUUCGCUACGACAGACGAACUCAAGGUCUGGUCGGAGGAGAUCCGGAAGGCGUCACCACACAUACAGGUCUGGAUUCAAGUGGGCAGUGUGAGCGCCGCGAUGGAAGCUGCUCAGGCUUGUCGCCCGGAUGCCCUGGUGCUCCAGGGGAGUGAUGCCGGUGGACAUGGACAUGCGCUUGGAGCGAGUGUUAUCUCGCUGCUACCUGAAGUGGCGGAUGUGUUGCGGGAUCGGGGUAUUGAUGAUGUUUCACUCAUUGCGGCUGGAGGUAUUAUGGAUGGGAGAGGUGUUGCUGCUGCGAUCAUGCUCGGUGCUGCCGGGGUGGUGAUGGGGACGCGGUUUCUCGGGGCUGAAGAGACGGAGUUGCCGCAUCAGUUUCGGGAAGCGGUUUUUGACGCUUCGGAUGGUGGUCAAGCUACCGUGAGAUCGAGGGUCUUUGAUGAAAUGUGGGGACCUAGUCCUUGGCCGGAGUUGUACGAUGGGCGAUGCUUGAGAAAUAGCAGUUAUGACUAUGUCAAGAGAGGGAUGAGUAUGAGUGACAUGCGGAUACAGUUAUACCGGGAUCUUCAGGAGGCUCGGGGCCAGCAGCUCGAUUUCAAGGAAACUGUCACAGUUUGGGCUGGCACUGGUGUAGGUAUGGUUAAGAAAAGCGAGAGGGCGGCUGAUAUUGUUCAGCAAGUGCGGUCUGAGGCACGGAGAAGACUGCGGGAUGCAAGUUCUUGGCUCUAGACAAGACUGUUUUAUACUCCCUUCGCUAUGCACCAUUUCACGAUGAUUCUUUAGAGUACCAAGUCGAAGCUAGGAUGCCGUCGAUGACACGCCCAAGACCAUAAAUGCCAUUAUCA